UGUCAUCUCUACACAAGAAAAAUCAUAUGAAUCACUGUUGUAUGUCAGCUGAUAUUAAUAUAUGAAUAUAGUGAUAUAUCUACUAGAUAAUGUGUGUAUGACGUCAAACAAACUAUGAAAUCGACUGGAGGAAAACUAGGUCAUUAAACAUGUUAAACUGUCACAGUUGUGUUGUCAUAGGUAAAAAUAAACACUUUCAUGUACUAAUGAAGGAAUUGUCUGACUAAGACUGUUGUCAAGGAGAGAGUUAACCAAUAAUGUAAACAAAAUACAAAGUGAAGGAAAGACGAGAAAAAAAAGAACAAUGAAGCACUGCAGUUCAAUACAAAAUGGAGGUCGACAACCGUUUCCGCUUCCAGAUGGGAAAACAUACCACGUGUUCAUAUCAUACGCAACAAUGGAACCAGACCGACAGAUCGCACAUGCUUUAUAUUCGAAACUAUGUGAAAGUAGCUUUACAUGUUGUUUACACGAAAUUGAGUUUCAAGCAGGACAUCUCAUAGAGGACAACAUAAAAACAUACAUGAAAAAGUCUCUGAAAACUAUUGUCCUUCUAUCAGAAAAUUUCAAAAACAGUUAUUGGUGCCAUAUUGAAAUGACCGAAAUAGUUCAAUUACACAUGGAUAAUAAAGGUUUCCCGCCAAUUAUUUUAAAAUUAGACAGUUGUAUGGUACCUGAAGCACUCAUGCCAUAUACAUAUAUGUUGUUGCAAGCUGGACUUGACGAAAAGAUUCCAGAUAUUGUUGAUGUUAUUAAUGACAUGGAAGUUACAGAAUUUCCAGGAUCGAUGCUUACAAUAUCAUUUGUGCCAUUACCUUGCAUAAACUAUAACCAAGAUACCCCUCAUUCACCCUGUAUUUGGCCCCAUGUUUGUGCGAAAUAUAUUUUAUCAGACGAUGGAUGCAAUGAUAUGUGUACUAAACAUCACGUGCUCAACAAAGAAUCAUUAGAAAAACUUAAAAAAUGCGGAUUUCCGGUUGAGAAACAGUAUUCUCGUCUGUCAAAACUUUAUAAGGAAAAGUGUACUAAAUGGCUCAAAGACUUUCCUUCUAAAACGAUAUCAGGACCGUGCUAUUAUUAUAAUGACAAAGGCUGUUUUAUAGCAGACGACGCAUGCCCGUUCCCGCACAUUUGUAAAGACUGGUUUGCUGGGAAAUGUGCGCGUCCGAAUUGUAAAUUCUCCCAUGAUAUUUUAAACCAACAGACAAAAUUGUUAUUGCAAACAUUUGGUUUUAACAUUGACCAUCCCGAUGAUAUUAUAUUAUGGCAGUACCGAGAAAAAUGUCAAAACUAUUUGGAACUAAAAACAAAACAAAGUAUAAGUUCCAACGUGAACUCUCGCUCUAUCGGCGAGGAUUCGAAAUCUACAGCGGGUAAAUGUGUUCUUUAUAUAGCUUUUGUGGCUAUGUCAUUAAAUUGUCUGUUUAACAUUUUUAAUAAAUAUGUCUGAACAUA